AUGCAAAUAAUAGACGAUAAUUGUUGCAAAGAUGAACGAUGUCGCAUGACGUUACUUCCAAGUUCAUCCUUAUCAACUUCAACCAACUUCUAUGUACCAGUGACAACCGUAAAUAUGCAACCGAAUCACAUUAUUCAUAACUCAUAUGUUCAAUAUUACGAUGAGAAAGAUAAUGGUAAUGAUGAUGAUAAUGGUGAUUAUGAUGAUGGUGAUAAUGAUGAUGAUGAUGAUGAUGAUGGUGAUGGUGAUGGUGAUGGUGAUGAUGGCAAUGAUAGUAAUGAUAAUAUUGGUGAUAAUAUCAGAAACAAAAAAAUGAAGCAUAAUGCUAAUGGAGUUUUUUUCGGUUCAACCUAUCAUUAUUUACAAAUUGAUCGAAAUUCGAUCAAUAUUUUAUUGAAAGUUGCUGCUGCUUUUGUAUUGUUAUGUAUUGCGGGUUGUUUGGUACUUCAACAUCUAAGGAUCAAUCGAUUAGAUUAUCGAAUUCGACGAAUUGAAAUUAAUUCAGCUUAUUCUAUACAGGUAUAA